AUGCAUAUGAAUUCCAAGUGGCAUAAAGAUGCAAUAGAAAAGUCAAAUAAUUUCAUUAGUGGUGUGACAAACAAAACUAAAGGUGUGGAAGAAGUCGCCAACGAAAAUCUUGCGAAAUUAGUACAAACUGAUCGUGCGAAGUUAAAAUCAAAUGUUUCUUGUAUAUUGUUUUGUGCAUUACAUGACUUACCUUUAAGAAGAAAAACAAAUUCAACUGUGGUAUUUGAUGAUUUGUUACAAUUUAGAGUACAGUCAGGUGACAUAACACUGCAGAAACAAUUUGAGGGUGCGCCUAAAAAUGCUACCUAUGUUUCUCAUAGAACCCAAAAUGAUUUAAUUGAUGUAUGCGCUGAAGUACUAAGAAAUGAUUUAAUUAAUACCAUCAAUAACAGCGAAUCAUUUUCAGUUUUGGCAGACAAAACAAUGGAUAUUGCUGGCACAGAACAAAUUCCUCUUUCUGCAGGUUAUUUUGACCAUGCAACUAAUGUUGUCAGAGAAGACUUCCUUGGAUUUACACCAUUAGCAAGGUUAGAUGUUCAACAUAUCUCCAACACAAUAAUAUCUACUUUAUCUGCUUGGGGUUUAAAUCUAGAUAAAAUGGUAGGAAAAGGCUAUGACGGGUGCAGUACGAUGGCCAGUAAAAUUAGUGGAGUACAGAGGAUAAUUUGUGAGAAAUAUUCCAAGGCUCACUUCUAUCAUUGUGCUAGCCAUAGACUUAAUUUAGUUGUGAAUGAUUUGAUCACCUUACCAGAGGUUAGACAUGCCAUUGGUACUAUAAAAGAAAGAAUUUCUUUUUUCUGGGGGAGCACACAAAGGAAAUUCCUAGUUGGGAACCUUCAAAAACUGUGUGAGACACACUGGUCUGAGAAGCAUGAGUCUAUAAGGAAAUUUAAUGAUAAGUUUUUAAAAAUUGUUGAAGCAUUAGCAAUUUUACAUAAAGAAGGAGAUCGUGAAACUAGGCAGAAAGCCUGGCAACUUUACUGCACACUUACUUCUCCAACAUUUAUUGUUACAUUAAAAGUCAUAGCAAAAUAUUCAGUCAAACUAGAACCUGUCACCAAUAUCCUACAAUCAGAAAACAUUAACUUGUUAGAAGUUUCAGAACACAUUCAAAGAACUGUAAAAAUGUUAUUGGAUGACAGAGAAAAUGUGGAAGCAGAGUUUGAAAUGAUAAUGAAAAGUGCUGAAAGCAACUAUAGUGCACUUGGAAUAGAUGUCACUGGCAUUUGA